AUGGAAAAGCUCCAUGACAAGGGCAGCCUUCGUCAACAGAAAUACCGAAACUCCUCUGGUGGGGUAUGCAAAACAGGGCCUGCUGAAGCCCAUGGACCACGUGUGGGGACUCCAGACACUACUGCCUCCGUGGCGUCCCCUUCCAUUUCCACAGCUCUUCUGACCCAGCCUCCUCCACCUGUCACCUCAGACCUGAAGACGUCCUCAGUUUCUGAUCUCUUACCUUCACUAUGUAUCUCUCCAUUACCAGAGCCACCCCUUCCCCUGGACAGUCUUCCACCCCCAUUACUUGUGCUUUUGCCUACCGUACCAGAACCCCCUGAUACAUUUGCCUCCCUUCAGCCUCCAGCAAUCUUCUCUGCUUCACCACUGCAAGAUGCCACUGUGAUCCUUUCUCAGUGUGACUCAAAGGCAAUGGCACUCCUAUUGAGCCUGAUCCAGGAGAGCCCAUCUCCAGGCAACUGCUGGUUGGCCUCUUCUGCCCCGCAAUCACAGGCCCUGACCCCACAAGCUGUCCCAUUUCCACCAUCUCUUGGUGUGGAAGCUGGGAGCCCUGCUUUUUUCAACUCUGAUGUCCAGAAACUGCUGGAAACGCAGAUCACAAAGAGAGUGGAAUUGAAAAGAAAUUGGAAAGAAAAAGAAAAGAAGAGUUCAGACUACAACCUGAAUUCUUUAAAUAUGUUGAAAGCAUUUAGCGAUGAAAGACUUAUUACACAUCCCCAACCCUUCUGGAACACUGCUAUCAAACCAGAGCAGCGUCUUGGUCCUCAGAAGUAUUUACAGCAAAAAUGCAACAAACUCUUCUGGGGUCUCCCCUUUCUGCACAGCGAGUCCCUGGUGGCUACUGUCAGGGUGUCUGGUUCCAUACUAGAACUUCCUUCUGUUUUAUUCAAUGGAAUUUCUAAUGUCUUACCAAUUCAAAUGCAGUCUAAAGAAUUCCCCUUGGUUUUACAGACUCAGCCCUUGCUCCACCCUGAGGCUCAAUCCCAAUCUUUAACUCCUACCAUGUCCCAAAUCUGGAUCCCACCUAUGGCUCCAGUCCUAAUCCAGGGCUAUUCCCAGUCCUCUCUCCCAAUCACAUUACCUUCUGCUUCUUGGACUAAGGCCUGUGAAGAAUCCUGCCAAAUAGUCCAGGAUGAGGUCCAAUCACCUAUCUCAAAAGAAAUUCAAACCUUGGAACUUCACUUUUUGAAGAAGCAACUGGAAAGUGAGAAUUCUUUACCCUUUAUGGUCAAAAGAUCUCAGGAAGCUGUUAGUAAUUCCACCUUUCCCCAGGACAGUCAGGCCUCUCAGCUCCUCAAGUCAAACUCCAUUCUUCCUGGGGAUUUUAUCAGUCCUGAGCUCCAGGAGCAACUGGAGCAACACCUCCAAGAGAGAUUCAUCCAACAGCAGGGGUUUCUACCUGGCAGGAUCCAGGAGUCUCAGGAGCAAAUGCAUCUUCAGGGAAAAUUAACUGGGACAUGUCAGGCAAAGAACCACCAUGAAUUUUCACAGCCCUACAUAAAUACAGGUGAAAGUAGGAAGAAAGUAAAGAAGACCAAGCCCCCAGGAAGAACCAGAUGCUCAGGAAACUUCCAUGCCUUCACCAUGGCAGAUUUCCACCUGGGGAAGGACCUGGUCAAGGACCUGAAAAUCUCAAAAUACAAUACAUCCCUGGGAUCAGAAAACUCUCCAGUAAAAGUUCUGGGAGCAGACUCUGAGGAGUCAAAAAGUGAUUCAGUGAAGCAUUUGGGGAUUGACUCAGAAAAUUACCUACUAAGGGGCCCGAAAAUGAAACAAGAUAACACUCUGAAAGUUCAUUUGAACAGGAAGUUGGAACAAAUUAUUGAGGGCCAGAUCUCUGUGAGAGUAAGCCAUUCCUGGCUUGCUGCCAACCAUGCUUUGCCCAUGUCUGCUACUCACACAGAAACUGGAAAUCUAGCAUCUUUGGGAGUUGGGCACAGAUGGUGCCCGCCUCUCAACAUCCUUGAACCCAUCAAUCUCUUUAAGAUAAAAAAGGCCCAAUCCUUGCCCCUUCUGCAGUCUGCCUUUCCCUGCUUAUGCUCUUAUGAAUCUUGGGCUGACUCAGCAGCUAACCCUGCCAAAUUCAUGAGAAAAACCCUCCACGUAGGCUGGGGAGAAAAGGUGACACCAACAAAGUCAAUCCACAACCAAGAGAGUCCUUUCCCUGCUCCCUUAACUGCAGGUAAGGAAGUUCACAGGGCUCUGAGAUCGGCCCCAUAUAAUAAGGACCAUGGGCCCUCAGAGGUCACUCAGAGUGGACAGGAGGCUGGACAGCCUUUUCAGUGUCUUACAUCUAGCAUUGUAGGCAAAAACUUGCAGAACAUGAUUAUCCUGGGGACCCAGAGAGGCAGCCUAAAGCCAACUCUAGAUCAUUCCAUGAACAGGAAGAGGUCAAAGGAAGAGACUGCUAGUUGUUCCCCAGGAGGCCCUAGUCCUAGCAUAACAAGGCUGGAGAUGAGCUCUGAGUCCCAAUCUUCAAGGGCCAAAGAGACCAAGAAGAUGAUGAUGGUGAAGAGGUUCUCUGCACUACAGCUACAAGAUAGAGACAUCUUAAGAACCAGUGGGCUGGCAAACUCCAAAGCCACAAAUGUGGAUUUGAGGGGCUUAGGGGCUCCAGGAACUAGUGAAAUCUCCCCACCUCCUAAAAUAGCUAUUCAAGUUCCAGGAAAAACAUACAUUAAUGCCCAGGUGCUUGAUAAGAUUAAGUUCCAAGUGGAAGUAGAGACAGAAAGUGGGCUUCAUGGUUGUCCCACUUAUGUCCUCAUUCAGGACUGCGACACUGAUGUGAUUCAAGUUUCUCAGAUGCUAAGUGAUUUUAUUGUGGCCAGUAGGAGUAGUAUGGGGCAGCAGAAGCCCAAGAUCCCAAAACUUCAGAAGAGCCAGAGCAAGUUUUCUGCCCUCACUGAUGAGAGAAAGGACUGUAGGAGGCCCAAACCAAAAGAUCAGAAAGAAGGGUUGGCAGAAUUGGGGGCUUCUCAAACUUGUAGGAUGAGCCAGCCUCCGCAAGACAAGAAGUUUGUAGAGUCCCUUGGGAUCACAUUCCCCCAGCUUUUACCAGAGAAAGGACAGGCUCUUUCAGAAGGCUACUUCACAAAAAGGAUGAAGAGUUUUCUUCAGUGGAUUUUCUCCAGUAGAAAAGACAAAGAGCAGGAUAAUCCUCUGGAAAAAGGAGAGCCUAUGUCAUCCUCUGGUAAGAGACAUGGACUAGUCAAAAGCAAAUCAAUCUUUGUGGACAGGGAAUGCAUUGAAGCUCAAGCACUGAUGACAGCUCUUGGCCAAAUUCUAGAGAAGAAAAUGGCACUUCAGCAAGGACUCCAUGCCUCAAAAGUUAAUUUACAAAAAGAAAUUCAGAAAAGCCAGACUCCAGUUGCUGGACUUUCUUCCCACCACAAAGCUUCAUCCUAUCCAGAGCAAAGAAGAGUGAUGAAUGAAACAGCCUGCCAUAACCAAGAUACCCCUGAAGACUAG